AUGCAAUCAGAUAUUGUAGUUUAUGAUCUAACUGUUUCAAAGAUAUGGUGUACGAUGUGUGUGAAUAAGAUAAAAUCGAGCUUUGAAGGUUAGCAAGGUACUAGUUAUUUCAACAAUUGCAAGGUAUUAUAUAUGUUCAAGUGAACGUAAUGGCUGAACGAGUGAUCAUUUCAUUCAAUCAAUCACUCAUGUAAAUUAAUUUUUUGUAUCCUCUAGCUCACUCGACUAGAUUAAGGCGAUCUUGGAACAAAACAAUUUUUUUAUAGUUGGUCAACCAAGAUUAAUUAAUACUGACUCCAAUUAAUUGAGGAGGUGUUAGUUCUUUUUUCCAAAUUCGGACUUUCAAUUAGACGACUUGAAACAAAUAAGGAGCAAUCUCCACCAAUAGUAUCAGGGUGGACUAAGAGAAAUUUAGUAAGAAAAUUUUAAAUAUAACAUGCAAGUAUAAUUUUAUUAAUAACAUUUUUAAAAGUCUGGUUAAUUAAUAACCAUAUCUUAUUAGCCAUUGUCAAUUUCGGCAUUUUAGAUAAAAUAGAACAUAUAAGCCUAAAUCUAGGACAAAAUUCCAACAAUAGAUGAAAAAGAGAAGAUUGGUUCUGACCCUUAAUUCCUUGUUUAUAAUGCACUCCUCGAAAAAUUCAAAAAGAAAAGUGGAUAUUAGGAAGCAGUCACCUAUAGAAAGUUCAUUUUAGCCAUUGUGUUAAGCAUCCAAUUUUUAGUAUUUUGUUCCAUCAUGCCUCAUUUCGAUUAUUAUAACCCUUUUCUAUCGUAUCCUCAUGAAGAAUCCAUAUUUAGUAUCUACUUGGUAUUCAUCUUUUUCACGACAACUUUCACAUUGAUUUAAUUUGGCACUCCAACUUACAAGAACGCAUAUCGCUUGUUCAUCAAAUACAGGUAAGCAUCUAUACUUCUAUCAUUUAGAAUGUGUAAUAUGGAUACAUUAUUGACUCUGGGUUCAUUGGCUGCUUAUUGUAUGAGUUUGUUCUUGAUUGUUGUUUACACUCUCGAAGGAUAGAAUACAGAAGAAGAGACCGAUUGUGAGGAAACCUAAAUGGAAAGAAUAAUGAACAUAAUACACGACCUAGAAUCUGCAGGACUGAUACUUACUGUAAUUACGAUAGGCAAAUACUUCGAAGGAAAGGCAAAACAGACAAUAAUGGAGAUGCAGAAUCAAAUAUUUCCUCAAGAUUAGUUAUUAAAGACACCUACUGUUAUGAAGGUAUAAGUGAAGAACUAGGAUUACGACAUCAAUUUUUAAGAGAGUUGUGAUAUUUCAUUAUUGGAAAAGGGAGACUUGAUUGUUCUUGAGAAGGGAAUGAAAUUAUUAUUGGAUGGAGUAAUUGUUAAAGGUUCGGUAUCAGUGAUUGAUUCAAUUUGUUAUGGAUAAGAUGAUAGAUUUCAAGCCUCAAUGGGAACUAGACUGAAAUCUGGUGCUGAUAUCCUAGAUGGUUCAUGUAUCUUUUAAGUAGAGUAAGUGAUUGAGUCUUCUAUGUUGUUUCAAAUAGCUGAACAAUUAAACUUAGCAUAAUCAGAAAGGGAAAGCAAGGACUUUGGAAUCACAGCAAUGUUGCAAUAAUUAUCUUAGAGGUUUGUAGUUGGAGUCAUUUGUGUGGGCUUGAUUGUAUUUACAGUUUGGACAGUUUUAAUAGGAUUUGAUAUUGUUGAAAUUGAUGAAUAUUGUGUUUGGUGUUUUCCUUUUGAGAGGGCUAUUUCUAUUUUGGUUGCCUCAUGUCCUUGUGCAUUGGGAUUGGCAGUACCAUCUGUGGUUAUCAUCACAUUAAACUUGGCUUUGAAAUCUGGAAUCUUGAUAAAAAAGGUAUUAAAUCAGUUAUUGAUCUUAGAAUACUAUUUUUGAAUCAAUUAACAAAAUAAAUUGUAUUAUUUUUGAUAAGACAGGAACCUUAUUCACUAAAGUGGACCACAUUGAAUCUUUCACUCUUCUAUCUAAGAAUGAGACAGAGAUUUCGUUAAAGUAAUAGGAUAAAACUGUUGUGAAGGUUAAAUAAUUUUAGAAAUCUUUGGUGAUGUCUGAUCCUGUUGACACUAAAAGAGAUAUACCAAAUACUGAAGGUAAAAUAUAAUCGAAUCUGAAAUUCAAUAAGACUUUGUCAGGUCAAGAUUUAUGGGCUAUUCUGGGAGUCUUAGAAAAAGACUUCAAUCAUCCUAUCGCUACCUUAUUAUUCAAGGAAUCUGUUCAAAGAUAAAUUGGAAGAUAGAGUACAUUUGUCCUUACUGAACAAGCAAGAUAAGACAAAAAUGGAAUCAUUGGAAAUGUAACUAGAACUACUGAUCAAACAUAGUUUAGAUGUUUAAUUGGAAAUAUUGCUCAUCUAAAUGAAAAUGGGGCAAUACUAGAAGAUUAUAUCAUUAAAAAAUGUUAGUGUCUGGAAAGAAAGGGAAAAACAGUGAUUCUAAUGACUAUUGAUGGUAUACCAGAAGUAAUCCUAUGUUUGGAUAACAAAACCAAUUUAAGACCUGAAGCCAAGGCUGUGAUCACAUAUUUAAGAGAAAAUCUGAAUAAAACUGUUUAUAUUUUGUCUGGGGAUUCAAAGAAAACAGUGUCCUCUGUAGGCAAAUACUUAGAUAUACCACCAAGCCACCAGUAUGCUGAAAUAGAUGCAGAGGGAAAAUAAAGGUUCUUAAAGGAGUUAAAAGAGAGAAAUUAGGAAGUCAUGAUGAUUGGAGAUGGACUCAAUGAUGUUCUCUCACUCCAAUAAGCUUCUAUUGGUGUUGCUAUUAAUGCAAAAUCGGAAUUGAAUCUCAUGGCUUCAGAUGUAAUAGUCCUUAAUGAAAACUUGUGGAGCAUCGUAUCUCUCAUAAAUUUGAUGAACACAGCGUUAAAAGUAAUCUAUAUCAACCUGAUUUGGGCCUUUGCUUAUAAUUUGUUGAUGGCACGUAAGAUUUUUUAUCAGAUUUUUAGCUAUCGCAGCUGGUGUGUUCUAUGGAUAAGGAUUUACUAUAUCUCCAAUGAUAUCCUCUACAUCAAUGUCCUUAUCAUCUAUUAUUGUUGUACUUAUUAGCAACUUCAUGAAACUGAUCAAAUUUGAUCCAUCACAAUGUCACAGCAUUCCAAGAAUGCAAAAGUACAGAUUGCAUGAGGAAUCUAACUUCUAAUCAGACUCUUAUCUUUAAGUAGACAAUACCCAAGAAUCUGCUCGAAAAGUAAAUGAUUAAAGAAAUAUUAUGAUUUGA